UACAAUUCCAGUCCACUGGAGCCCGCCAUUGGGGUUUGACAACAGAUAUAUCCCGCCAUUUUUAACGGUAAAACUUCAAAAAAAGUUUACACACGCGCGAAAGUAAUUUUAAAAAUAAAUUAGAUUUAUUAGCAAAAUUAGAGGAAUACUGAAUUUCUAUAUUUAUUUAUAAUAUGGCAUUUAAGAAAAAGAAUGGACGAAAUCUUAGUGUGUUGACAUUUUUUAUUUUUUUGUGGAUGACCGAGGCAAAGUUGUCGCAAGAUAAUAAAACGCAUUUGCCAGAACCUAAAAGUUCGCCAAAGUUAAGUGACGGAGCGUCGCUGGUGUUUGCUGAUGAAUUCAAAGUUACACUCGAGAGGUAUCUCUUCGGAAUAUGUCCGCAGAGCUUUAAGUUUCGUUGGUCUCAGAUGGCAGUCACCGUGAAGGGGAAGAAUACGACCACAGUCGGAUGUGAUUUGGACACAGACCAACAGGAUCUGGCGGGAAGAUUAGCGACAUUAGCGUUACGAGCACAUUCGGCCGCUCGGUCGGAUUGCUCGCGACUGGGAGCCGCGCUCGCCAACACGCUCGGCGAACUCGCGCGCACCGCCGCCAACAGGCACGCCAUGUCCGCUGCAGCAGUAAACGAAGCGAAUAAGAAACGUAAACUAUCGAAGAGUCAAAAGGCAAAGAUCCAAGCAAAGCAACGAACAGCGCUCGCUGUGAAAAAGAAAGCCGCAGCCGCCGCAGCUGCAGCCGCCGCUAAGAUGGCGUCAUAACCUCUAAAUACACGAAAUAAAACACAAUUAUUAAAAAAUCUUGAUGUUUUUAUUUAAAACUAUCAGUCGCUCGGGACAAAUAUAUAGCCUGUUACUGACAAAUUACUUUUCUAACGGUGAUUUUUUUUUAAAUCAGCUCAGUAGUUUUUGAAUUAUUUCAAUA